AAUUUACAAAAUGGCGACUACCAGCGGCUGGUCCCGGUGUCGGGCAGUUUCUGUUUACUUCAAGGUUUUCCUUUGCUUCCUGGUGUCGACUAGUGUUUCUUCUAAACAGAAGGACAGCUUUACGGAGGAACUUUUAAUCAAGCCGCUCUCCCGAGGCUAUAUUUAUUCUCAUUUUCAGUUUACCACAAAAUGGAACGCAUCUCUCCACGAUCCAACAACUUUUCAUCACUUUCAUCUGUUUCCUAAAGCUUUGGGAGAAGUUUUAUCUCGGUACAAUGUGCAGGAGCUUCACUUGUCACAGACUCAAGGUCUUUGGCGACACAAGCAAUGGGGUUAUCCAGUCCAUGAUGCCCCACCAGGAGCUGAGUUAUGGGUGUGGUUCAGACCAAGUGUGAAAGAUGUGGACAAGGCCUGGACUGAACUGGUUAAUGCUGUCUCGGGUCUGUUUUGUUCUUCUCUCAACUUCCUGGACUCACGGAGCACGAUUGCCCCACGCUGGAGUUUUAGACCAGCAGGACUUGCCCCUCAGGGUUAUUCUGUGUCCUCUCAUUUUGUGCGCUAUGGCACUCUGCCCAGAGAGAUUGUCUGUACUGAGAACUUGACACCGUGGAAAAAAUUGCUGCCUUGUGACUCCAAGGCUGGUUUAUCAACUUUGUUCAACGCCUUUCACUUCCAUGAUGCGAAUUAUCAUUCUCUUGGUCUUCAUGUGCGGCCAAUUUCCCCAUCCAAUGUACCUCCGUACGGCCUUUUUUUGACGACGACUUUUUUUUUCCACCAUUGUCUACAAAUGUUUUGCUUUUCGUGUUGCUCAGAUUGGUCUCUCAGAAGUCUUUUUGGUAACCACCUGGCGUCUGCUUGCCCAAUUGCUAGUAAGACAAGUAUUAUGGUUGAAACUACUGACAAUGAGGCAUCUCCAGCGUAUAGACUGACACCCACACCAACAUGGACUCACACAGUGACCAGAGGCACUGGGCAGCACACAUAUUCAGUCUAUAAUGUACGCUCUUUUACUGAAGUUGGCCGUGGUUUGAACAUAGCAGGCACAUAUAAUGACCCGUCGAAAGUGAAAGAGUUGGACCCACCACCCAUCCAUGCGCACAGAUACAUCACAGGGUAUGGUCUAGAGGACGGAGGUGUGAGCUGUCUGAUCACCAACACUCUGGAUAGGAAUCAGACUGUGAUCUACAUGGAUGUGCUACCCUGGUUCACCCGAGUUUUCUUCAACUCCUUGACGGUUCAAAAUAAUGGUCUAGAUGUGCCCUUCAAAGUCCACUUCACACCAGCCAAAGACCGCGUCCGCCCCUACCAUCUCGAGCUCUCGUUCAACCUGUGGCCUCACUCUGUGACUCGUGUCAGCUUCUCUUUCACUCGCGCAUUCCUCAAGUGGACCGAGUACCCUCCAGAUGCGAAUCACGGAUUUUACAUCGGCUCUGCCGUGAUAUCCUCCAUGCUUCCAACAUCUCGACAGUACAGUGCCCCACCUCUCUAUUUCUCCAAGCUUGAUACCAUCCUGAAUGACAAUUCUUCGUCUUACUUAGUCCGUGUACACUCAGAGAGCUUGGUGGUCUCUCUGCCCACCCCUGACUUCUCCAUGCCGUACAACGUCAUCUGCUUGGCCUGCACAGUGGUUGCUAUUGCCUUUGGCAGUAUCCACAACCUCACCACCCGUCGCUUUGUCAAGCUUGAUCCAAGCCAACGAAAAGGUUUGUUGAGUAAGGUGAAAGGUUUUUUCAAGAGGUCCAAGAAAGAGGAUGAGGUGGCGGAUGACUCAAAUAAAACCGCAGCGGCUGAGGAUGCAGCUUGUCAAGAAAAGGAAGAGGAUAUAGCGGACCCAACGGAAGAGACAUCGUGAUCCUCGGUGCUGGUGUGAGCCCUUAUAUUGUGCUGCAGUUCUCUCUCUUUCUCUCUCUCUCUCUCUCUCUCUGUCUCUCUCUCUCUCUCUCUCUCUCUCUCGCUCUCUCUCUCUCUC